UUUCUUCAUCUCAUCCCCGCAUCUCCAUUUAUUUUUGCUGCUCGCUUGGCAGUUCAUAGACAAAAAAAAUUGAACGGGGUCUCUAAAUAUUUUCUUGAUAUAUGUCUAAACAGGACCAAUUUUGCCAUGUUUUCUGCUUGUAUGUGUGUGGUUGAACUAUUUGCUUUUGAGUGAAGUUCAAACUUCCUAUGUGUGAAGGUCGAAUCAAAUUCAGUUUUGUACAUAUGAGGUUGAGCCAGUUUUUUAGGCUACUGAAACCAAUCAUUUGAUAGGGAAUUCAAAAGAACAGUAUAUAUGAGCAUACGUGAAGUUCAAGUUCUUGGUUCAGGAAAGUAGACAUCCUAUUUUACACUCUUCUAUAUUUUCGGUCACAAAAACAUUAGGAAGAAAAUGCUGAAUCGAGAAGUUCACACACUACUGUCUCAAACGUUCGGACGUUCUUUUCCGUACGCAAAAAUCGAAUAUAGGUUAAUUCCCCAUGAAAUUCGCUUUGUUGCUUUUCUUCCUCGCCCACCUAUGUUAUGCAAAAAAUAGUUCAAUUUUGCUAAUUCGUCCAGUUUUGAUUAGAUAAAUUUUGUAGUUCAUUUUGCUGAUUCCUACUGAAUAUAGUUUCUUUUGGUUUGUUGCAGCAGAUCAAGCUAAAUUCGAGAGAAAAAAAUCAGUUCACCUUUGUGUGUUUUUUCAGAUCAUCUUACAUGUCAAGCACCAAACCGACACCACGGCUUCUGCUACUGGUGCUAGUGUGGAUGUUUAGCAAGUUCAACUACCAGUGUACGCCGAGUUCAGGUGCGAGAUGGCGGCCGCCGACGUCGCUAAAUACCUCUACAAACCGAUGGUUGGCUGCUCCCAGCUGUAAAAAGUAGUGGUUAAUCUUGCUAAUUACUUUGAUGUGAUACCUAGGUGUUCAGUCCAGCUCCUGCAACCAGCACAGGUCGUUGCCCUUUUUGCCACAACGGCAGCAGCACAAACACGAGCGUGGUCGUCCUCAACCAGUUCCUCACGCAGCCUCUGCGCAAGCCCUGCUCAUGUAUGCUUACACCAAAAGUCGCGCCCUCCUCCCGCAUAGCCUAUUGGUUGGCGUACCGUGACCCCUCCUCAUAUUUUUGCAGUUCAACAGGGGCGCGGGGUUCAGUUCGACGGUGACGAGCCAGGCAGCCGGCCUUCGCAUAACGAACUGGUGCACUUCGAUCUUGUGCGAAUUGGAAAUCCCCUGAUGCUGAGUGUGUCAGUACAACCCUACGCUUUAAGGCACACGUGCAUCCACUUCACGUGUUAGUCAAUAGUAUUGUGCAUUUGCUUGGUACCUUCGCUACUCUAGUUACAUAUCACUUGCGAAAUCAAAUAAAAUUUGUUGUUCACUUUUCUGUGUUUUGUUGAAUAAUUCUCAUGCUGUCUUCUAGGGCAUUAUGCUUUUAAUGUUCAAAAUCCUGAGGAAAAUGAUACAUUUUAGUUUGCUUUGCCGCAAGGGCAUUGCUGAAACUUAAAUUCUGUCUCAACUAUAGCCAUCCAUUUUGAAAUAGAUGUUACUUUACUUCGGGUGGUUUCUGAAUCACAUUUCACUAAAAAAUGUAAUAGUGAAAUUAUACUGAAUAACUAAAUUAAAUUGCAGUGACAAAAACACCAACAGUCCAAGCAGGGUCAGUGAUGUAGGUUCACAGAAAAAAAUUAUUAUGUAAACUUCCCUCUCCUGAUGCGUAUAAACAAAAUAAAAGUUUCCAAGAGGUUAUAAUCACUGCUUACAUGACGUUGGAAGGCAGGAAAGAAAAGCUGCUCUUAAAUGUGACAUGUAGUUUACUGUGCAAAAUAAAUAUUUGUGUUCACAGUGGUCUCAAUUCAGUUUCUUAGUUCCGUUCAAUUUCUAAUUUUUGUUCAGCUCAAUUUUCCUAUUUUAGUUCAUUUUAAUUCUUAUUUUUUGUUCAGUCCAGUUUCUUGUUUUAGUUCCGUUCAAUUUCUAAUUCUAGUCCAGUUCAAUUUCUAAAUUUAGCUUAGUCCAAAUCUUAUUCUAGAUUCAUUUCAUUUCAAUUCUUAUUUUAGUCUAUAUAUCUUCUUGUGCUUCCAUACAAUCUAUUUUCUCGAUGUACCUAUGAUGUCCAGUUUCUUUUUUCAGUUCAGUACAAUUUUUAAAUUUCAUUCAGUUCAAUUCUCAUUUUUUCCAGUUUCCUGAGUUCAAGGAAUUUGACAGUCUUUAGUGUGUAUAUGCAAGUUCCAGUUUUCCCGUAGAUGAAAAUUACCCUUGAAUGCAAUGUUUCAUAUUUGUGCACUUUACUUUCUGGUAGCGUGGUGCCUGGUGAGGUUGCCUUCCUUGCCUGGUAUUCAACAGUGUACCAAAUGAUUACAGAAAACACUCGUUGGUGGGUUUUACUGCGUUCAUUGGAAUGCAAAACUAAACCUAAUUUCCCAUUGAAAAUGACAGUUGGGCAGGAGCAAAAUCACACUAACAAGCGCAAAGGUGAAUGGUCAGUAGUGGUGUUUGAGUUGAGAAAUUCACUGCAUCUUGUCAUAGUAUUGCUGACUCAAGGAUAGCAUUGCUGGUUGACAUAUACCAGCUCACCUUUUUUACUAAUGGCAAGUAUCAGGUUCUUUUGGAAGUUUUCUUAUGUAAGGAAGUUUGACGACUAGUCCACAUACAUAAAAGGAGUUUCUGCAGUCUCAGUGCUUCCGUAUUUUAUCCACUUUCUUGGCAUCUUAUGUAAUUUUGGUCGGGGCACCAGAAAAGGUAAGGGGCUGAAUCAGGACAUAUAUUUUACUUUCACGUUUGCACUACCAAUUUGAUUCCUACUGUCUACUGAUAUGCCAUUUUAUAGAUUAUUAUAAAAAAUCUUCAGUAGUACGAGUAAGUUGUCACAAGAGUAGCAAAGGAAAUAAUUUAUUAUGUUGAUAGCAUAUUAGCAUUUACUUUUUUGCCCCCCUUGCAUGAAUGACGGCCGUCACUUUUGGUCAGUGAGUAGCAUUGCAGGGCUAUAUAUAUAAUCAGACAGUUAAUGAGCGUAUCAGUCAUCUUGUAGCGGCAAUCUUACAAUGUGGGUGCAGGAGUGGAAGCCGGUGACGGGAAUGCUGGCCUUCGACCUCAUCUCUGCUGUGAUGACGGCGCUGGUGAAGAAGGCUCUGGAGCAAGGGCUGAACCGCCUGGUCCUCGUCACCCUCCGGCAGCUGGUCGCCACCAUCUUCUCUGCUCCAAUAGCCUUUUUCAAAGAACGGAGCACGAGGCCCAAGCUCACAUUGGAGGUCCUGGCGUACCUCUUCUUCAGCACCGUGUUUGGCGCGGCGCUCUCGCAGUACACCUUCUAUGGCCGGCAGUACACCACCGCCACCUUCACCAUAACCUUCAUCAACCUCUCUCCUGUGCUCACCUUCCUCAUCGCCGUCGUGAUGAGGAUGGAACCGCUGAAGGUGAACAGCAUGGCGGGAGCCGCAAAGAUCACCAGAACGCUCACGUCGCUGGCCGGCUUGCUGCCGCUGAGUCUCUACAAGGGUGUGCCACUGACGCACCAGGCCGCUACUGCACCUAGCCCAGGCUGCCCAGCUGCUCACCAUGCAUCACCCUCCGACAGCAGUGGCAACAGGAGCUGGAUGCUGGGCACCAUGGCUUUGCUGUUCAACUGCCCGUGCUUCUCCUUCUGGCUGCUGUUGCAGACAAAGCUGACCAAGUACCUGACCAUCUACUCCAGUACUGCCAUCAUGUUCUUCAGUAUAUGUCAUCGACAUUCCACAGAACAAAUGUCAACUAGGAUGCGUGGGUAUGUAUCAAAUAUGGCAGGAUUUGUUCCUCACGCCGGAGUACACCAAUGCAAUGGUGUGGAGGCCGUACACAUUUCUUAUUUCUAUUGCUACAAGUUCGAGUGAUAAAUUACUGUAAGCUCACAUGUUAUUGUCCAAUUAGUUCAAAUGAUCACUAUUUUCUUCA